GGCGGGUGGUUUCCAGGAGCCUGGGGGCGGGGUCUGUGAGGGCGGGGCCGGGGCGGGGCGGGGUUCUCGGAUCCCGGCGUGGCUAUGGCGGUGGUGGUGCUGGGUGCCGUGCGAAAGCAUCUAUUAGAAUUCUCAACUGCUGCGCGGGAGCUCGGCGUGCCCUUGGCUGUGCCGUACCUGGACGGGCCCCCCACUCCGCUCCAGUUUUACAGAGACUGGGUGUGUCCCAACAGACCCUGCAUCAUCCGAAACGCCCUGCAGCACUGGCCCGCCCUCCGGAAGUGGACCUUCCCCUACCUCAGGGCGGCGGUGGGCGCUACGGAGGUGAGCGUGGCCGUGACCCCGGACGGCUACGCAGACGCCGUGUGCGGGGACCGCUUCGUGAUGCCGGCAGAGCGCCGGCUGCCUCUGGGCGCCGUGAUUGACGUGCUGGAGGGCAAGGCCCGUCACCCCGGGGUGCUCUACGUGCAGAAGCAGUGCUCCAACCUCUCCCAGGAGCUGCCCGAGCUGCUGCCGGAUGUCGAGCCCCACGUGCCCUGGGCCAGCGAGGCCCUGGGGAAGAUGCCUGAUGCUGUGAACUUCUGGUUGGGAGAAGAAGCAGCAGUGACAUCUCUACACAAGGAUCACUAUGAGAACCUUUACUGUGUGAUAUCUGGGGAAAAGCACUUUGUCCUGCUCCCGCCCAGUGACCGACCUUUCAUCCCUUACAAGUUGUACACACCAGCAACCUACCACAUGUCUGAAGAUGGCUCCUUCAAGAUGGUGGAUGAGGAGGCCAUGGAGAAGGUACCUUGGAUCCCUCUAGAUCCCAUGGCUCCAGACCUGGUCCAAUAUCCACUCUACCAGCAGGCCCAGCCCCUGCACUGCACAGUGAAAGCAGGGGAAAUGUUGUACCUGCCAGCUCUCUGGUUUCACCAUGUCCGCCAGUCUCAUGGCUGUAUAGCUGUGAAUUUCUGGUAUGACAUGGAAUAUGAUCUCAAGUACAGCUACUAUCAGCUUCUGGACUCUCUCUCCACAGACACAGAUCUUGCUAGGAUUGACCUUCUGAGCUCUCUUGAUGGAUCCGUAGGAAGCAGAGGCGGUCAGAGGCCAAGCUCCUGCUCAUGGCCCAGGCCAGAUCUGAGCCCAGGCUUUCCUGACUCCGGCCCCAGCGCCCUCAUCUCCGUGCAGCUGGCUGUCUCCACAGAGGCUUGGCUCACACCCAAAAGAGGAGCCCCACUUGAGUCUCUUGGACGCAGCCAUCCAGCCUUUGGCGCUGAUGAUGGGGAGAUGACUGUCUCCUCCAAGGCAUCCUGUGUAUGGCGGGAGGAGGGAGGAGGCUUCUCUGACCUCACACCCAAGUCUGAGUCUUUGCCAUGUCCUCCCACGGCUCCUAGCUGUGCUCCACAGGACCCCACAAACAGACCUAAUCCCUUCCACGUCACAGCGCUCAAAGACAAGACUGACAGCCGGCAGGGAGCCCUGGUUUACCUUUGCCUGGCCAGAGACCUGGCGCAGCCAGUUUUCCUGAAGCCCUCCCUGCUUAUUACCGUGGAAGAGCCUGGGGCUGGCACACUCUUCUCAGAGGAUUUCAAAGGCAUGGCUCUGCCCACUCCUGGUAGCAGCCUGCUCUCAGUUCGGGUCCUAAAGGCUCAUGGCUUCCCCUCCAAAGAUAUAUUAACUCCCUCUGACAGCUAUGUGAGCCUGUGGCUGCCCACAGCUUCAAAUCAAGAAUUUCGGACGCGUACAGUAAGGAACUGCAACAAUCCUGUCUGGAACCAGACCUUCCGCUUCCGGAUCCAUAGCCAAAUCAAGAAUAUGCUGGAGCUGAAAGUGUUUGACCAAGACCUAAUAACUCAAGAUGACCCCAUAUUCUCUGUGCUCUUCGAUGUGGGGACCCUGAAAGUUGGAGAGAGCCGGCGGGAGAGCUUUACCCUCAAUCCCCAGGGCAAAGAAGAGCUGGAGGUGGAGUUUCAUCUACAAAGUCUCCCAGCAUGCCCUGAGCAGCUCAUCACCAAUGGUGUCCUUGUGGCCCGAGAGCUUUCCAGUUUGCAUGUUCAGCUAGAAAAGAUAGAGAGCAUAAGAGGUAACUCAGAGUCAGACAGUGGAGUGGAAGCCCUAGUGCUGGGAUCCUAUGAGGGCAGCCAGACUGUCACCUCAGGCACCAGCCCCAUCCGUUUCCACUGUCCAGCUUGCUGGGAGUCAGAGCUAAGUGUUAAGCUCCAGGGCUCUUCUCAGGAGGCAAUGAAGAUGCCACUGAAAUCUCUACCUUCUGGUCACACCGUGAAGGUCGCCUUACCCACAGAGGAACCUGUACUGAUGAUGCAACUGAAAACUGAGAAAGGCCCCGAGGAGCUGGCAGUGCGCCUGGGUUUUGGGCUGUGUGAGGAGGAGCAGGCGUUCCUAAGGAAGAGGAAGCAGGUGGUGGCCAAAGCCCUGAAACAAGUGCUACAAUUAAAGGAUGACCUGCAGGAGGAUGAGGUUCCAGUGGUGGCCAUCAUGGCCACAGGAGGCGGGAUCCGAGCAAUGACCUCCUUGUAUGGGCAGCUCUCAGGCCUGAAGGAGCUGGGGCUUUUGGAUUGUGUCUCCUACCUCACAGGAGCCUCAGGUUCCACAUGGGCCAUGGCAAACCUUUAUGAAGACCCAGACUGGUCACAGAAGGACUUGGCAGGGCCCACGGCAGCAGCGAGAGCACAAGUGAUCAAGAGCAAACUCAGCAUAUUGGCCCCUUCCCGGCUGCAGCAGUACCGGCAGGAGUUAAAGGAGCGGGCCCAGCAGGGCUACCCUUCCUGCUUCACUGACCUGUGGGCGCUGCUUAACGAAGCCCUGCUCCACGAUGAGCCCCAUGACUACAAGCUGUCUGACCAGCAGGAGGCACUGAAGUGUGGCCAGAACCCCCUGCCCAUCUACUGUGCCCUCAACACCAAGGAGAAGAGCCUGAGCACCUUUGAGUUUGGGGAAUGGGUGGAGUUCUCCCCAUAUGAGGUCGGCUUCCCCAAGUAUGGUGCCUUUGUCCCUGCUGAGCUCUUUGGCUCCCAGUUUUUCAUGGGCCGGUUGAUGAAGCGAUUACCUGAGUCCCGGAUCUGCUUCUUGGAAGGCAUCUGGAGCAACCUUUAUGCAGCUAAUCUUCAGGAUAGUCUGUACUGGUCCUCAGAACCUGACCAAUUCUGGGAUCGCUGGAUUCAGGAUCAAACUACUUUGGACAAGGAGGGAACUCCCUCUCUGAAGAUGGAAGAGCCUCCCCGCACUACAAGCAAGAUUGCCAAAUUCUUUACGGACCUCUUGACCCGGCGCCCCUUGGCUGAGGCCUCUCACAACUUCCUGCAUGGCCUGCAUUUUCAUCAGGACUACUCUAAGCACCCUCAUUUCUCGGCCUGGAAAGGCACCAAGCUGGAUGGGUAUCCCCACCAGCUGACGCCCAUGGAGCCCUAUCUCUGCCUGCUGGAUGUCGGCUACUUCAUCAACACCAGCUGCCCUCCCCUGCUGAUGCCCACCCGCCAAGUGGACCUCAUCCUCUCGUUAGACUACAACCUCCAGGGGCCUUUUCAGCAGCUGGAACUGGUGGGCCGGUACUGCAAGCAGCAGGAGAUCCCGUUCCCUCCCAUCGUCCCGAGCCCGGAGGAUAAGGCGCUGCCCCAGGAAUGCCACGUCUUUGCCGACCCCGCGGCCCCGGAUGCCCCUGUUGUGCUCCAUUUCCCCCUGGUCAAUGCCUCCUUCCGGGAGCACUCGGCCCCUGGAGUCCCGCGGAAGCCCGAGGAAAUGGCCGCCGGGGAGGUGAACUUGACCUCUUCUGGUUCCCCUUAUCAUUACACAAAGGUGACAUACAGCGAGGAGGAUGUGGACAAACUACUCAGCCUGACCCGCUAUAACGUCUGCAACAAUCAAGAGCAGAUCCUGCAGGCUCUCGGGGAGGCCGUGCGGCGGCGAAGGCGGAAAAACGGCCGGGCGCAGCAGUGACCGGAAGGCGGCCCCCCCCACUGACCAGCGGGGCCUUCCUCAGCCCGGAGGCUUCCUCACGUGCCUCAGGCGUGGAGGGGGCGGGUCGGUCCCUCGGCCCUCCAAGUUCCAUUUAGUCGGGGCCUUCUGGGCUUUUCUAUCCUGUGACUCAACCCUGGGAAGUCCCGGCCCACUUCCGCCUGCUUCUGAAUCUCCUGCUUUGAGCAAGAAGGCCGGCCCAAACGGGGACCUGGGGAGCGAGCCUUAUCCAGAGCCCCGGGCGAGAGGGGGGCGGGCAGCGCCGCGGAGCCUCCGGGCUGGGCCCGUGGGCCCUGCUUGGGGAGGGCAGGAGGCGCGCCCGAUCCUCCUCCGAGGCACCGGAGGCGUCCGACGGAGGCCCCUAGCCCUCUCUGGUGGUGGCGGAGGGUCAGCCGGAAGUGCCUGUGUGUGUGUGCUGGGGAGCAGGGAAGGGUGGAGAGGCAGGCGGGAGAGGGAAGUGGCUGGCCCCCUGCUUCCUCCAAUCGGGUGGGCUCUUUGUGGUGUAGGGAAUCAAAGCCCCGAGACAUGUAUUCCGUUAGCUUUCAUGGGUGCUAAGGCAGGGCGCAGACCCUGAUAAAGACUGAGGUAUAAUCAUUUUCUUCUCAGCUACCCAAAAUGAUCAUUUUUUCUAUGAAGAUGACCGGCCUAAGGCGGACAUUCACUUAAGCCCUUUUCCACUGGCGGGGGUUGGUGGCAGAGGAAUGGGAAUGAGUAUUAGAGUAUUGGGGGGGAGGGGUUUACUCUGCGAAGUCUGUUCUAGGUCGUUGGCAAGUCCUAAGCAAGGAGAUAUACAGGAAGUUAUGGCCAAGGUAGAAGGUCUAAGAGUGGGACGGGACUGAUAUAAUGGGAACGAUACGAUGUCACUUAUAUCUUUUGGGACAAAUCACUUAAGCUUUGAGGGCUCCAUUUUUUCUUAUUUAUAGAAUGAAGGGGUUGGACUUCACGAUCUCUAAGGCCCUUAUCUUAAGAAUUUCUGAUAGUCCGGUUUCAGGCCACUUCCUGCCACCCACGUUGUCUUCUUGGCCAAAUUGCUCGCCUCUGGGCUUCGGUUUCCUCCUCUGUAAAAUGAGGACUCGCAUGGAACGAUCACUAAGGUCUCUUCUAACUUCUAAGGUUAUGACUCCGUGUCUUCAGGGGUCAUCUGGUCCACACCCAUCUGAAUUAUGAAUCUCCUCCACAACAGCCAUCCGUGAAUCACGGUGUUUAUGACCCAAAGCAGCCAACUAAUGUGCAUGAGGUGCAUGAGGAGCCUGAGUGCAGGCAAAGGAAUUAUCGGAAUCAUUUUGUCUAAUAUCCCACAAGCAGAGAAAGCUAGGGUUUGUGUCCAGGUUCUCUAAGGCUAAAUCUAGCAUUCUUUGCACUGAUGCAUCCUCAAACAAUGGUCCUCCAGCUUCUCCUUGAAGAUCUCCCAUGAUGCUGCUGCUGUCUCGGGCUCUCAGAAGCCCAUUCUGUUUUUAGGUCGCUCCAGUUAUUGGCAAAGUUUCCUUGUCUUUAUUAGUGUUAGCUUUGCAGUUCUGAAGCCAAACAAGCCAAUUUUUGAUCUCUUCACAAAUCUUCCAAUAACAUGAAGCUGACACAUCCUGUCUCCCUUUCUUCCCCCCCCCCCCAAGUCUUAUCUUGCCCAUUUACUCCAUUUUUUUCAACCCAUCUUGCUCUGGAAGGGCUCAUCUCCUCUAGGUUCCUUGUCAGGCUGGUCCCCUCCUUCUGGAUCCUCGCCACCAUCAGGUCCCUUCUAAAAUAUGGCAGCUAGGACUGCAUGUGCAGUGAUCUGGAUACAGCAGGACUUGGAACAUCCUCACUCUGAACCCUGCUCUUUUCUUAAUUAGGCUUAAAAUUGAAGGAGAGAUUUGUUUUUCAUUUGGCUGCUGAUUCACAUUGAACUUGUGAGCCACAAAGAGAUCUGUACAUAUAUUUUUAAUUAACAUUUUGUUCUGACACAACAGAUAUUUUUCGACAAAUGCCCAAACAAUCCCCUUCACAAAGUACAUUCCCUGAAAAUAGUUAAGCAAAACCAUUUUGGCCUUUUUUACAUGAACUCUCUCCCCCUCUCAUACUUCAGUAGUUCAUUAUUUUGAAUCCAAGUACAAGCCUUUAUAUUUAUUUCUAACCUUGAUGUAAUGGAAAAAACUCUGGGUUUAGAGUCAGGAAAUCUAGGUUCAAAUCCCACCUCAGGCACUUAGCAUAUGACACUGGACAAAUUAUUUAACUUCUUUGGAGUCUCAGUUUCCUCAUCUGUAAAAUGAAGUUGAAUCGGAUGACCUUUAAGACUUUCCCCAGUUCUAAAUCUAUAUCUCCUAAAAACACUUAAAACUCUUUAGACCUCAGUUUCCUCAUCUGUAAAACAAGAGGAAACAGUCUCCAAAGAUCUAUCGCUACCCCUAUGAUACUGUGAUUUUACUAGUUUCAUCCCACAUAUGGAGCCUGUUGAAAUUUGUGGGGACCUAGUUCUGUCAUCCAACAGAUUUUCUCCUAGAUUUGUGUGAGUCACAAAAUCAGUGAGUGAGUGUGCCAUCUGUUUUCACCCAAAUAACAGAAAUCUUGAAGACUUAAUCAAGACAACAGCAAAGACAGAGGUGUGAGAUAGUUGUGGUGGGAGACACUGAUCCAUGAUUCAGAAGUCUUCCAGCACAGUCUAUCCACCAGCUCUGGAGCCACUUUAUAAAGCUUAAUCCAGAUCUUUUUAUUUUGCCUACAAGUUUAUCAGGAGAAACUGACCUGCCUAAAUCCAAGCAUCCUUUGUUGGUGGAUGGAGCACAGUGCCUGAGUUCAAGACUUUGGGCAAGUCACUAAGCCUGUUUAUCUCAGUUUCCUUAUCUGUAAAAUGGGCAUAAUAAUAGCACUUAAUUUCUUGUGUUAUGAGAUAAUUAUAAAGUGCUUAGCGCAGUGCCUCACACAAAGUAAGCAUUAUAUGAAUGUUAGCUAUUACUCCUGAUUUACUAGUCUAGGCACUUGUCAAAAAUGAAAUUAGGUUAGUAGGGAUAGAAUGCUCUUUUGAAUGAUGAAUCUGUGCUAGCUCUUCUCUUUCAAAAUACAAAUGACAAAUGUUUUAAAACAA